AUGCCUGGAACACACGUGUUACGUGAAAUCGAGAACGUUUACUUCUCGUCUCCGUCAGAAUUCGAUGCGGGCCGGUAUGUACUGGAACAUGCACCUGCUACUCCCACCUGUGACGAUAUUGAAGUGAUGUUCACCAAGCUCAAAAGACAGCAACAGGUAGUAUCUGGCAAAGCCCUCCAUCUUAUAUCUCAACAACGCGACAACUGCGACCGCGAAUUCAACGAAAUACAAAGCAUUAGAGAACAAUUAACGCAAACUCUUAACUCUUGUCGAAACGCCAGAGAGCAGUUACGCACUGCGUCGAAUCACUUAACCGUAUCUACUUUUGUUAUCCUUGCAAAUUUCAGAAAAAGACAGUUAAUCAGGUCAGUUUUAAAGUCCCUAGAAUUGCUAAGAAGUCUUCGGAGUGUAGAAAAGGAUGUAGCUGAAUUAGUAAAUAAAAAAGAGUACUUCGGGGCUAUAGAAUUGAUACAAAAAAGCAGGAAAGCUGCAGCGAAUCAUAAAGAAUUCACUUGCAUAGCAGACUUGAAUGUCAGACUACACGAUACCCUUUAUAUGACGGAAGAGAAGUUGGAUUCGGUUCUGGCCAGUAUCUGUUAUAAUUUCGAUGAAAAUACAUUUAGGGAGUUAAGGAAAGCCUAUGCGUUGUUGGGGAAGACGCAAUCGGCAAUGGAGCAGCUGCAUAUGCAUUAUUCAUCAGCGGUGAAUGAAAGUUCUGUAAAUGCAGUGAAGAAUUUUGUAGACGUAACUUUGGAGAUGAAGUUUCAAGAUAUGUGUCAGGCGGUACCGACCACGAAAGCGCCAAUAUGUCUGCUAAAUUUAUGCGAUAACUUGUUCCUUGUUAUGAAGAGUUAUUAUUUACUGGUCAAAUGGCAUAAUAAACAUGAUGAAGAGGAAAUAUUACCGAAUUCCAGUAAUGUUGUAGAGAUAGAAAUGAACGUUAGCAGGGAGUACAUAAGACAGAAGUUAAAAGCCGGUUUGCCUAAAAUGUGGAAUGAUGUACAAGGAAAAGUGUCCAUAUUUUUAAAAAACUCUGGUUUAGAAGAGUAUCCCUUUGAGAAAUUCAUACAAAUGUUGGGAAUAUUGAGAAAGUUGACGCAAGUUGCUGAAGUUUUUUGCGGUGACAAGUCAGAUAUCUUGCAAGACUUUAUAAAAACGCAAAGCGUGUCGUACAUAAAGAACUAUCAUCGAGGGAGAAUGGAAGAACUGAAAUUAUUUCUUGAAAAUGAAGGAUGGGAACAAUGCCCGGUCAAAUCGACAUUCAAUCUGCUAAAUCUACAGGAAUUUAAGCAAUUUAAGAAGUAUUUAAAUCCGUUAAAAUCAGAGCAAUCAUUUAUCAAAACUCAAAGCGAUGGAGCCUCAUCAAUCUCACAAGACGAAAGUGUGUGUAUAAAUAAAUAUUUCAGUGAAAAAACAAGGACGACACCGUUUGACAUGUUCAAGAAUGAAAACGUGACGAAUGACGAUAUUUUUGGCUUGGAGACAGAGUAUGACCAAAGUGAUGAAUCUGAUGAUGACCCGGACGAGCUGAAACGCGAAUUUGUCGACGAAAAUGUCGACAGAACGAACGAAAGUCCGUCGAAAAUCAAAGACAGUGUCAUUGUAACAAAUACAACGUUGUCUGUUUUGAGAAAUUGCGGGCAAUAUCUGCAAAUAUGUCGUUAUUUGCCUCAAAUUUCUCUAGAAGUCGUUAUGCUUAUGAAUCAAUUGUUUGAUUAUUAUUUUUAUACAGUCCAUCUAUUUUUCACAUCAGAUCUUGAUGUUGCAUCUACAACUUUGUAUACAACGAAACUAUCGGCAGUUUUGAAGCGUAUUUCCAACAGUAUCGACACUUCUGGUUCAGACAAUGAGAAAAUCUUCGUUUGUCCAGAAUUACCAACACAUUUAGACAUGACUUCGGAAGAGAACUUGCACGCAUUAUCUGAACGAAUAGUAGCAGUCGAAAGCUGCGUGUUUUUAGCUAAACAAUACGAAUUUCUACAACCAUAUUUAGAGUCAAUAGUGUCACAACAUCAGAGAAUGAUUUUAGAGCAUUUUAAAGAUAACACUUUAGCGGUGGCACCAGAUUUAAGACAACCCGUUUAUAUGUGUUCGGCCUCAAAAUCAGUUGACGCUAGAUCCGCUUUAAUAGCCAUGUCUCAGGUUAGGUGGGAUGUGAAAAACGUUGCUGUAGAACACAGUCCUUAUGUCGAUAUGAUUACAAGAAAAAUUCAAGUUUUCACUUUACGUUUGGAGAAUAUUUCAACAAAGGUAUCAUUGAAUGUGGAUGUUUUAAAAUCUGUUUGGACAAUGGUCUCCAAAUUUAUAGUACAUCUUUUGGUUGAAGGGUUUUCUAAUGCGACAAAGUGCACGAAUGGCGGUAGAGGUCUUAUGCAGUUGGAUUACAGGCAAUUAUUUGUGAAAUUAGAAAAGAUAUCAGGGCUAAAACCCGUACCGUACCAAGAUUACGUCGAUAGUUACGUAAAAGCUUAUUAUUUACCGAGAAACGAGCUCGAAGAAUUUGUUUCGAAGCGGACAGAGUAUUCUAAUAAACAUUUACUAGCGUUAGUGACUUGUGCUUGUGAAAAUAAACGUGACAGACAAGCUUUGGUCGCCAUUUUGGAAAAUAGAGAUUCAAAUGCUCAAUAAUGCGGCUGGUAAGUAUCUUAUUAGCACUGCUAUCACUUGUUCCUCAGAAUUAACAGCAUCUGCACUGUCUUUAUCAUCUUUUCAAACUGGCUCUUAUGCUCACUAGUACCCAAAGUAGACCAAUUAAGUAUUUUAUGGCAGCCAUUUUGUUUUUGCAAAAUUUUAAAAAAUAACGUUCUUAAGUAGCACUUAUUAUAGAGCGGAAACUAAUUCUAUAAUCGCUUAACCCUCCUUGUCUGCCUCAAUUACCAAAAGCUUUUUAUAUGGAAGCUGAAGAUGUGCUGAUGGAUGCAUCCAUCAAAUGCGUCUUCACAUUUGGGAUCAGUCUUUAAAGUAUGUGUUAGAGCUAUAACAAAUAAUAAGCUUUAAUUUAUAAAUUUCGUUCUAAUUCGUCAUAAAAAUUGUAACUAAUUUCAUGAUAGUAAUUUAUGAAACCUAUUAUGAAAAUAUACUUAACUUUUUGUCGCAAAACUACUCUUAAUGAAAUAAAAAUACUAUAGUCCAUUUCAAUAGGGAUGAGUUCUGUGACACUUCCAAUUUUUCAUUGUACGCAUACGUUUUAUAACUAAUCUGUCAACCAUGUAAUAAAAAUAAAUAUUAAAUUUGUUAUAAUGUACAAAUAUCAAACAAUAUUUGUUGUAGAUGUAAUUUUAAGUCAAAUUUGUGGUAUAUUAUGUAGAUAGAAAAUGAAAUAAUAAAUAUAAAAAUAAGUUACCCCAACUGCUUCAAGCGUAAAACGGAUUAUUUAUCCAUAGAGAUUUACACUGUAGAAUCGAUAAAUCGAAAUGGCUUUUGUAUAACUCGCGUCAAUACGAGGCACAUACCUUGUUAGAGGGUUUUAUUUUGUUUUUAACUU